AUGAAUUCUGUUCUAAAUCCAGAAGCACCUGAGUUUUAUCCACAUUUGACGACGUUCACACAGGGUGGAUAUGUAAAGGUGCACAAAUCAAUAAAAUCUUCAAACACCUUGCCCGGUACACUGUCGUACGGUCUAUUCAAGACAUUCACCGAUUUCAACAUUCUUACCUGCAAACUAAGUGAAAAUGUAGUAGUCCAAUCGAACCAAAUAAUUGCGACUGAGCUACCAGCUGUGAAAUUAAAACACAACGACCUAGAAUCAAAUACGGAAAAAAUAAUAGACGUUAACGACAGUAUCCUUGACAGGAUCAACAUAAAUAUUGAUACUGCGAGUGGCGUCAACAAGACAAGUGAUCUAUUCGUAAGAGGAGUCCAAGCAAGGGGAACUCAUUGGAACCAGAACUCUGCUGUAAUUGCGAAAAUUCAGGUUGGCUCUGCAACAUUUAUCGGCGCCAAAAAUAUAACUCGACCUCAAAUAAACUUUAAGGACACUAUCGAUAAUUCCGAGAGUUUGUGGGUGCCAAAAAUAUCGGACAAACCUAACAAUAUCAAGCCGUUGGCUUUGAAUAUUUUAUACAACGAAGAAGGCGAGGCAGUCGGGUAUGAACACCCAUAUAAAGUUGAGUUGGAUCUAUACCACCCGCCGUCGCAGUUCAUCGACCCCGAUGUCGAACAGUUGGCUUACCCCGCACCACUCGAAGAAACGAUGUUCACUUACGUGGACACCGAAGCUAAGCUCGACGCCCUCGUCGAACACUUGAACACUGUAAACGAACUGGCCAUCGACCUCGAACAUCAUUCCUACAGGACAUAUCAAGGAAUAACAUGUCUGAUCCAGGUCACGACAACGGAGGGCGGUGACUUUAUUAUCGACGCUCUGGCCAUUCGCGAACACAUUCAUAAGCUUAACUUGGCGUUCACUGAUCCUAAGAAGAUUAAAGUAUUCCACGGUGCGGAACACGAUGUGAUAUGGUUGCAGCGAGAUUUCGGUGUGUACCUAGUGGGUAUGUUUGAUACACAUCAGGCAGCUACGGUACUCGGCCUGCCAGGACUAUCGCUUAAAUACCUCUUGAUGAAGUAUUGCCAAGUGGAUGCUGACAAAAAGUACCAGCUAGCAGAUUGGCGGAUGCGCCCGUUGCCCGACGAGUUGAUAACUUACGCUCGCAUGGACACCCACUACCUGCUCUAUAUCUGGCGACAAAUGAAAGCAGAUCUUUUGAAGAAUGGACAACCGAACCUCCUACUCUCCGUGUUCGAAAACAGCCGACAGAUCUGUGGCACUACAUACAACAAGGAGGUGGUAACUGAGACGAGCCACAUUCCGCUAUACGUGCGCUCCAAGAAAUCGUUUAAUUCGCAGCAGAUGGCAGCUCUAAAAAUGUUGUAUAAGUGGCGAGACGGGCAGGCCCGUUUGCUCGACGAAAGUACAACGUAUCUUCUCCCAAAUCACAUGCUGCUAGCUCUCGCCGAGACGUUGCCGCGAGAAAUGCAAGGUGUUAACGCGGUCUGCCAUCCGAUGCCCCCAUUCGUCAAACAAAACCUGAUCACUAUACAUAGAAUGCUCCUGUCGUGUCGCGAGUUGCCGAACGAGCCGCAACUGUAUCAAAUGCCGACAAGUAUAAGGAGCAUUAUGAACACCCCGCUACAACCACUGUCGUCGUAUGGAGUACACGACUUCGCACAUUACACGGACUACAGUGAAGAACAACCGAUCAACUUGGACUCAGCUGCUGAACUGUUGGACACCGAGUAUAACAACACAGCGCCAGAGAUCGAAGCAUUCUCACCAGGAAAUUUGAUAUCAUAUGGAACAAUUGUUUCGGAUUUGAACGCAGAUGCUCAACUAUUCAUUCCUCCAUACGACAGAUACAGAAAGUAUCGUUCCAUAGCUCAGUUGGAGGAGAUGAAGGAAUACAAAGAAAAAGAAGCAAAGGUGGCGGCUAUUAGUAAAGGCAACGAGUUGAUAAAAGCAGAAGUUCUUGCCAAACUACAACAAGCGCAAACACAGAUCGAAAACGAAGACAAGAAUAAUACUAAGCCGAUUGUGAAGAUUGAACCUGAAGUUAAUGAAGACACACAAAAGAAAACUCAACAACGCAAGAGGAAAAUAUCUGCUGAGAAAGUGGAACAAAAGGAAACAGUCGACCUCACUACUAAUGAUAACGUUAAGCAGGAAUUACCGAGCAACAACACUAAGAAAGUAGAUAACAACGUGAAGCCGUUCGCAUACAAAAACGUCGACUAUAAAAAGUUUUACAAUCAAAAUGUUGUUAACAAAGAUCACAAACAAAAACAACCCAAAAUGAAAUUUAAAAAAUAUAAAAACUAA